AGAAAAUAAAGCUACAAUUAUCAUUCACUUAGGAGACAGAAUAAAAACUCUCUCUCUCUCUCUGUCCGUCUCUCUCUCUCUCCAAAAGUUCUUCCGAAACACCUCAUCAACAACCCAUUUUCUAUCCCCUUGAAUUAGCCAAGUUUUGAAGGGGAAAAACACAAUCACCUGAUCAGAUAGAUACCCAUUUUCACUUCCUUUUAAGUUUGAUUGAAAUCGUUCCGGUUAUGGAGAUAUUUAACACCAAUAAUUGGCAUAUCCCACAUGGGUUUUGAGGAUUCUUUGGCUCAUAUGACAUGUUUAAGACUUGAAGUUUACUGAUCAAUUCAUAAUUCGAGCAUUUGGGAAUAUUCCCGUCUGCCUAGUUUGGGCACUGCAGACUUAAGCAGUGCCCAUGGAUGCCGCCAGGAGCAGAACCCCUACUAUUCAAUACCAUAGCAUACCUGACGAACCUAUCGCUGCUCUUGUUACCUCCCCUGUACCUGCAUUUCAGCGACAACAGCGACAUUGCUUUGGGGAUGCAAGUCCUGGGGAAUUUCCAUUGUCUGCCAAACCCUCUAUCGUUCUUCAUGUCCUUACCGGGUGUAAUUUGGACGCCCAAGAUCUUGCGAAACUAGAGGCAAGUACUUUGUUUCUUUCCGUUUUAAUAGUGAAGCUCUUUGUUGAUGUGAGAAUUGAUAAUGCUGCUGAUUGA